CUCUCUCACAAAUUUUCACUCUCUCACACAUUACAUUUACUAAACCCAGAAACAAAAAACAAUGCUCUUCAGCUCCAAUCCCAACCGUCCGAUCUGGACUCUGAUCGGAAUUCUUUAUAUAUGUCCGGAGGUGAUGAUCAAAUGGGCCGCGGCCCAGCCCGGCCCAGACUCUCAGUACCAGUACGCGAAGUUCAGCCCGUCGAUGGCGAUAAUCGUGGUGGUGCUGAUCGCCGCUCUUUUCUUCAUGGGCUUUUUCUCGAUCUACGUCCGCCACUGCUCUCAGGCCUCGUCCAGCUCCAACAGCGUCCGAAUGAGAGGCCUCUCCCGACGCGCUGCCGCGGCGCGUGGGCUCGACGCGGCGGUCAUCGAGACGUUCCCGACCUUGGUCUACUCCGCCGUCAAGGGGCUCAAGAUCGGGAAGGGCGCGUUGGAGUGCGCGGUGUGUCUGAACGAGUUCGAGGACGACGAGAGGCUGCGCUUGAUUCCGAAAUGCGACCACGUGUUCCACCCCGAGUGCAUCGACGCGUGGCUGGCUUCGCACACUACUUGCCCGGUUUGUCGGGCUAAUCUCGUUCCCGAACCGGGCGAGUCGGUUCACCGGCUCGUCGAGCUGGACCCGCCCGAGUUGGACCUCGAGGGGCAAUACGACGACGGUUUGGAGUCUGUGCACAACAGAGAGGCGGAAGUUGAGGAAGUGGGAGAGGGAGAGAGAGAGAAAGAAAAGGAUGAAAUGUUGGAGGUUUUAAAUGUGAAUCAAACUUUGAAGAGGAACCGUACACGUGGCGGUGGAUCUCGAUCCAACCGUGUGCGGAAGUUGUUAUUCCCGCGGUCCCACUCGACCGGACACUCCCUGGUCCAACCGGGUGAGAACACGGACCGGUUCACUCUACGGCUUCCGGUCGAAGUGAGGAAGCAAGUAAUGAACCGGCAGUUGAACCGGGCCACGAGCAUGGUUUUGUUGCCGAGGGAAGGGAGUUCGAGGCUAGGGUAUCGAAAUGGUGGAGAGGAGAGUAAUCGAGGGAAGAGUUAUAGGCGGCUCGAGAAAUUGGACCCGAUGGUUAAGUCGGACCGCUGGGUGUUUACCAUGGCACCACCAUUCUUAGUGAGGGCAUCAUCAUUGAGGUCACCAAGAGUGGCAACAAAUAGUGGUGAAGGAACUUCGGCCCAACCAGUUAGACCAGUGGGGUUUGUAAGUGACUCGGCUCGACCCCCGGUUUAAGGCCAAUUUUGAUUCUUCAACAUAGAUUUAGUAUAUUUUGUUUUAUUUAUUUAUUUUUCUUUUAUUUUUUGGGUAUUUUUUUAAAUUUUAUGUCAUUACUUGGUCUCAAUUUGUAAAAUAUAUAAAUGUACUAUUUUUUUGUAUGUAAGAUGAACAUAACAAUCCUGACAUUAAAAGUCAAUUUGAUCAA